GACUUGAUCCUCAAAAUGCAGGAGAAAGUCAGAUUUAGACUCGGCUUAUCGUGUAUUUGUGGAAGAUGUGUCUGAGCUAAUCUAGGAGCGUACAGACUUUAAAUACCGUAUUUUUGUGAAGAAUUUAUCCAAAUUGAUAGUGUGUUCGAAAAUCUAAGGGCACGAGAUAAGGAGCCAUUUGGUCGUUUACUUUCAUGGAGUCCAAGUCCAACGAUGGAGCUUCAAAAUAUGCUAUUUUAUAGGUCUCGUCGAAAACCCCGCUUUCUCUCUCUUUUUUCGUAUUCUCAACAUUUCUCUUCUGCUCUCUCUCUCUAAACCGAAGACGAAGAAUUAGACCUACAUUUUACAGAUACAGCAAUGGGGAGCCACAGGAAGGAGAAGGAAGAUACGGGGAGCUACAACUACAGAAUGUUCAAUUUCUUCAACCGCAAGUACAAGAUCACAGAAUUGACGCCGGCAGCCGAUAUCUUGGAGGCAUUCACCAAGUUCGCCGAUCGCAGCGCCCACAUGUCCUCCGCUCAAUUCCGCCGAUUCCUCGUCCUUCACCAGGGCCACCUCGAUUGCACCCUCCCUGAAGCAGAGCGCAUAAUUGACGAGGUCAUUCGUCGGAGACACCAUCUCACGAGGUCCCCCGACACGGUGGUGGACGGCCUCAGUGUUGACGAUUUCUUCCACUUCCUGUUCUUUGAUGAUCUCAAUGGGCCCAUCAUUCCUCAGGUACAUCAAGAUAUGACUGCUCCAUUAUCACAUUAUUUCAUAUAUACAGGGCACAAUUCCUAUCUGACAGGGAAUCAACUGAGCAGUGACUGUAGUGAGGUCCCAAUUGUAAAGGCUUUGCAAAGAGGCGUGAGGGUUAUUGAACUAGAUUUGUGGCCAAAUUCUGCAAGAGACGAGAUUCUUGUUCUUCAUGGAAGGACCCUCACUACUCCAGUGUCACUCAUCAAGUGUUUAAAGUCUAUAAGAGACUAUGCUUUUGUUACUUCUCCAUACCCAGUUAUUAUAACACUAGAGGACCACCUUACACCAGACCUUCAGGCUAAAGUCGCUGAGGUGACUACUCAAACAUUUGGAAAAAUGCUGUACUAUCCCGAAUCAGGAUGCUUAGUAGAAUUCCCUUCACCAGAAUCAUUAAAACAUCGUAUAAUUAUUUCAACAAAACCACCAAAAGAAUACCUUGAAGCCAAUGGUUUGAAGCAAAAUGAAAAUUUAUCGCCCAAUGGAAGGGUUUCAUCUGAAGAUGAAGGAUCAGGAAAGGAAACACCAGACCAUACUGCUGCUGAACAGGAAGAUGACAGGAGUGACAGUGAUCAAGAUGAUGAAGAUCUCGGUGAUUCUGAUCGUAGAUUUGGCCAACAUCGCUCACCUGAAUACAAGCGUUUGAUAACAAUCCACGCUGGGAAGCCAAAGGGUGCCCUGAAGGAUGCGUUGAAGGUUACAGCUCAUAAAGUGAGACGACUUAGUUUGAGUGAGCAGGCACUUGAGAAGGCGGCCACAACACAUGGAACUGAUGUUGUGAGGUUUACACAGAAGAAUAUUUUGAGAGUAUACCCAAAGGGAACACGAAUCACCUCCUCCAAUUAUGAGCCCAUUGUUGGGUGGAUGCACGGAGCUCAGAUGAUUGCGUUUAAUAUGCAGGGAUAUGGCAAAUCCUUGUGGUUGAUGCAUGGGAUGUUUAGGGCCAAUGGUGGUUGUGGUUAUGUGAAGAAACCUGAAUUUUUGAUGGAGAAAGGUCCACAUAAUGAGGUAUUCGAUCCUAAGGCAACAUUGCUAGCGAAGACGACGCUAAAGAUCAAAGUAUACAUGGGGGAUGGAUGGAGGUUGGAUUUUAGCCACACACACUUUGACUCGUAUUCACCUCCAGACUUCUACACAAAGCUUUAUAUUGUUGGAGUGCCAGCAGAUAAUGCCAAGAAGAAAACAAAGAUAAUUGAGGAUGACUGGGCUCCUGUUUGGGAUCAAGAAUUUACAUUCCCCUUGACUGUUCCAGAGCUGGCUUUGCUUCGGAUUGAAGUGAGAGAAUAUGAUAUGUCUGAGAAGGAUGACUUUGGUGGGCAAACAUGUUUGCCUGUCUCGGAGCUAAGACCAGGGAUUCGAGCAGUUCCACUUCAUGAUAAGAAGGGAGAGAAACUCAAGAAUGCUAGGCUUCUGAUGCGGUUCGAGUUUUCUGUAUGAAUGGUAGGGGCAUGAAUAUGAUCAAUCAUCGAAAGAUAUUGUGCUCCUCCUGUUCUCAUAAGGUCCAUACACAGUUGCUGUUACUUGGUCAGCCCUAGAUUAGAUAUACACAGCAAUGAUCAUUUCAAUCAGAGGAAAGUGAAGUUGAAUGCUAAUGCUUUGCUUGAAACGUUCCUUUCUUCUGGAGAUUAAAAUCUCUUUGCAAUGAUGGGAAGGUCUUGUGCCUUGUACCCUUUUGUGAAUAUUUACAUAAUAGGCAUAUUGGUCACCUAGUUGUGAUAACUUUUGAUAACAUAUAAUUAGCCCAGGAGCCACCUCGACCAGAUGGGUUGCCAGGGUUGGUAUGGUUGCAUUCUCAUUUCAGUUUUAGAUCAAAACUUGUAUUUGAGUCGCAACGCUUUAGGUGCCGGUGGUGUAUUUUGACUUGCUUUUUUGUGUUGAAUGCGUGUAUGUGUACAGAGUACUACACAAACACAUUUCUCAUUUUCAUUUUUUUUUUUUGCAUAAAAGUCCAGAAUGGUAAAUGCUAAAGUAGCCGUUGCUAAUGUUGGUUGGAAUUCGCACCAAAAUCUAUGACGAAAAA